AUGAUGGUAUCGACCACAAACGAAGCCGCGUCUCAAAAAAUCCCAACCACGACGAUUAAUAUUUCGGGAUUAUUCAAUCCAGGCGAUGCGGACACCACAGAAAAGGCCGUUCUCCUGUCGGAACUCGUCGCGCGGAAAGCGCGGGCCGUGGAAGCGAGGCGGCACGCGCUCGCGCUGCUCCGCGAGUUCCGGUCGCUCAACGACAGCAUCAACGACGCGAACGGGAAGAUUCAGGACGCGCUGCGAGCGCGGGAGAAGCUCAAGCUGACUUCAGCGCGCCUCGAGCAGCAGCGGAAAGUCAUCGACGAGCUUUCCGCGAUGGUCGACGAAACCGCUCAGCGGAUGUACGAGCGCGACUCGGAGGACGUCCGGCUGUCUGUCGUAGCAGCGGGCGAGGCGAAACUCGUCGCCCAGCGGGUGUUUGCGAAGCUCGCACGGAAGGUGCUGCGACUGCGCGACAAAGUGGCGUCGUACAGCAUCGCGGUGACGUGUCGCGACGAGAUAGUUAAAGCAUGGCAGCAGCGGCUUCCGCAGGCGACGGAAGCGGAGAAAAUCACCAACGCGACGUUGCGAGAUUAUCUCGCGGUGUUCAAACGCGCGAUGAAAUCCUUCCCUGAAGCGGAGCGCGCCAUCCUCGGAAUCGUGCAAACGCCGUCCUCAACGAGCCGGAAUGAAACUCGUGGCGCGCCACGAGUCGCUUUGGGUUCAGUCGCAGAUGGCGCGGAGAAUGGUGGCGGAAACAAUAAUAACGAACAGGCCAAUAACGCGUCGGAGUAUUCAGGUGACAACCCUUCAUCCAACGGGCUUCCAUACAGUCAGAAGAAGAAUCGUACGGUGCGGCUUAGGAGCAGCAGCGACGACCCUUAUCUUGCGGAAGUCGAAGCUCCCCAUGGGGAAGGGUGGGCAAAUGCUGAAAACGGAUCCGAAGAUGAGAUUUCACGGGAGAAGCUGCGCAAGUCGAGCGAAGCUGCGGAGAAGAUUGCAUCGGCAGACGCAGAGGAGACUGUGGCUCGGGGAUUGCUGGAGAGCCUCCGAGCUGAAAGUCGGGCAUCAGAGGAGAUAAAGAGCUUGAGGAGACUGCGUGACGAGCUGGAAUUUGCGGAAGGCGAUGCGGAGUUUGCGGCUUCCCAGGUGAAGGAAGGCGAGAAAGACGUGGAGCAGGCGAAAGCUGAGCUGGCGGACGCACGGAAAAUGGCCGAGGAACAGGCGAGGAUUUUGCACGAGGCGGAGGAAGAUUUGCGGAGAGCCAUGAGUGUUGAGGCGGCGACGCAGACCUUGCAAGCACGGAUUCGGCGAGAGGAGGCUGAACGGGUGAAGGCUCAGGCGGAGAGAUUGGCAGGAGCAAUGCGCCAGAAGGUGCAACGAGCUGAGGCGUUAGUUUUGGAAAGAUUGCCAGGUUUGAAAGAUGCAAUGGCGGAGAGGGAAAGGCUAGCAAAUAAAGUUGCAGGGUUGAAAGCUAGUGUGAAGGAAUUAGAGGAGAGGUAUGGGGAGGGUGAGUCAGCAGCUAAGGAGGCUGUUAGGCUCAUAAAGCUGCUCAUGCCGGUUGUGACUGCUAAGCAUGAGGAAGCUCACGCUGCUAAGCAGGCUUGGGGCAGAUUCCUGACCCUCGAGAAUGCCUAG